AUGAAGAUGAAGAAAGAAAUAGAUAGUCCUCUGUUUGAAAGUAGGUCGGGCAAGGGAAGAACAGCAUACAAGAUCUUUGCGGCUUCAGAGUUUCUGGCUAUAUGCUACAUUUGUGUCUACAGGCUGACUCAGAUCCCUGCUGCUUAUCAUGGAAGAUGGGCUUGGGUUGGAUUGUCCAUGGCUGAGCUCUGGUUUGUAAUCUCAUGGUUUCUUUUCCAGUUUUCUAGAUGGAACCCUGUUUAUAACAAAACCUUCAAAGACAGGCUCUCCCACAGAUACGAGAAGGUCUUGCCAGGAGUGGAUGUAUUCGUAUGCACUGCAGACCAUGUGAUAGAGCCACCGAUAAUGGUGGUCAACACAGUCUUAUCAGUCAUGGCAUAUGAUUACCCGCCUGAAAAGCUCACUGUUUAUAUCUCCGACGAUGCCUGCUCGGAGCUAACGUUCUAUGCCCUCUUGGAAGCUUCUAAGUUCGCCAAACAUUGGCUGCCCUUCUGUAACAAGUUCAACGUAGAACCCAGAUCCCCUGAAGCUUAUUUCUCAUCUCCCCAGAAUCCCAAUCCCAAUCCCAUCAUGGAUUCAAGCUUCGAAUUCAUCAAGAAUGAAUACGAGAAAAUGAAGGAUAGGAUUGAAAGUGCAAGCAUGCAUGGGAAGGUCCCAUCUGAUUCACGCCAACAACACACUGCGUUUCGUCAGUGGGAUAAGGUCUCAUCGCGCCAUGAUCAUCCAACCAUUUUACAGAUCUUGAUUGAUGGAAAUUCUCAACCUCUGCCUACUCUGGUUUAUUUGGCAAGAGAGAAGAAUCCUAAAUAUCAUCACAAUUUCAAAGCUGGAACCAUGAAUGCUCUGAUAAGAGUGUCGUCGAACAUAAGCAAUGGAUCGAUUAUUCUUAACGUGGACUGCGAUAUGUAUUCCAACAAUUCACAGUCUUUAAGAGACAUGCUGUGUUUUUUCUUGGACAAUAAAGGGAAAGAGAUAGCUUAUGUACAAUUUUCUCAGUACUUCUUCAACCUCACAAAGAAUGACCUUUACGGAGGAAGUUAUUUAUUAGGUAACCAGAUUGAAUUACCAGCCAUGGAUGGCAAUGGAGGACCUUGCUACACUGGAAGUGCUUGUUUCCAUCGAAGGGAUACAUUAUGUGGGUUGAAAUAUGAGGAUAGAGAAUCAGUUAACAUUCUUGAAGAUCAAAAUCACAGAAAAGAAAAACAGAGUAUCCAUGUUCUUGAAGAGACAUCCAAGAUUCUGGCGAAUUGUACCUACGAAGAUAAUACUCAAUGGGGAAAGGAGAUUGGAGUAUUGUAUGGCUGCCCAACAGAAGAUGUAGUGACAGGAGCAAACAUACAAUCAAAAGGGUGGAAAUCGAAAUAUUUCAAUCCGCCGGAUGCAAGGAAAGGAUUCCUAGGAGCUGCUUGUACGACGUUGUUGCAUGAUCUCGUACAAAAUAAGAGAUGGUCGGAAGGGAAUCUUAUGACCGCCUUAUCAAAAUGGUCCCCUCUUUUUCACGGCGGAAAACUUCCCGUUAUAUUACGGUUACAAUACUCGAGUUUUAACCUUUGGUGCUUCCAUUCUUUCGCCACCUUAUACUAUGUUACAGUUCCAUCGUUCUGUCUUCUCCAACGCAUCUCACUGUUUCCCGAGAUAUCGAGCAGGUGGGUGAUUCCGUUUGCGUACGCGUUCUUGUCAAGUUAUUUUCUCAGUUUAGGAGAGUUUCUUACUUGUGGCGGGACAUUACAAGGAUGGUGGAAUGAACAGAGGAUGUGGGUUUUCAGGAGGACAACAUCCUAUUUCUUCGGUUUCAUAGACAGCUUACUGUCUCUAAUGGGAGUCAAACAUUCGGGUUUUGUGGUGACCCCGAAGGUUUCAGAGGAUGAGGUGAAACAGAGGUACAUGAAAGACGUUAUGGAGUUCGGAGCAUCCUCGCCAAUGUUGAUCAUUUUAGCGACGAUUGCAAUGUUUAACCUAUACAGUUUUGGAUGGAGGUUAAACAUAGUAUUGUUUAAGGCAUUGGGCGUGCAGAUUUUACUUAGCGGGAUGAUCGUCUUAAUCAAUCUGCCUGUAUAUGAAGGUCUCUUCUUCAGAAAAGAUAAUGGCAAAAUGCCUUUCUCUGUCACCUGCAAGUCUGUAAUCUUGUCUCUCUUAGCUUGUGCUGCAGCUAUAUAUUUACAAUAAUCAACAUGGGUGAAUUAUAUUUUCAAUAAAACUAAGCACAUUUGUCUUUCUUGGAUGAUUUGUA